AUGAGCUCGUUCCUCAUGAACGGCGGCUACCAGCCCCAGCCGGACCCCAAGUUCCCGCCGUCCGAGGAGUACAGCCAGGCGGACUACAUACCGCCCGGCGAGUACUACCAGCACCAGCACCUGCAGUACGGCUACCAGCACCAGUACGCUCCGGUGCAGAUCGGGGCGGGGUACGGCUACGGGGGCUAUUACCAUCCGUUGCCGCAGCACCCCCCAGUGGCGCCUCCGCCCCGCCCCCCCGAGGCGUCGCAUCCGUCUGACACGGAGCACUACGUGUCUCACGGGGCUGAACCGACACCCGGGCUGGCUGAGCUGGGGCUGCGCCUGGAAAGGCACAUAGAAGAGGCCGCCCCUGCUGGCCGGAAGCUGCACGCCCUAGGCCGUGAAGGCUCUCCUGUCUCCGAGUUGGAUGAUGAGAGACUACUUUUAGAUAGCCCACCCGUGGAGGACGACGACUCCUCUAUUUGCUCGGAUAAUACAGAUAGAGUUAUAUAUCCAUGGAUGAAGAAGAUCCAUGUGGCCGGUGCUUUGGUACAGGGUGGAGAUACGUCGGCGGGCGUAAUGAGGCGGGACCACCGAGCGGGUCAGAUAGCGCAUGCGUCGCCAGAUGGGCCCGCGAUUAACGGACCACGGGACCACACAUCGGCCGCAGCCUGGAUCAACGUGCGGACAACUCUGUUCGACCGCUGGAAAUCACGGCCGGCCGACCGCACAUACCAGACUCGACCCAACCGCGGACAUUCGAAGGAAUUCCUUCCCGGGAUGGAACUAUGUCCAUCCCUUUCUCACACGGCCUCGAUCGCGCUCCGCAUUGAGGAGUGUGUUGGUAACUUAUGUUCUAUUUGCGUCUCCGCUUUAUUCGCCUUCUCCAACAUAGGA